GCGCAGGCGCCCACGGGCCGCGCAGCCGCCAUUGCUCUCCUGCCACUGAGGGGAGCGAUUGUUGGCAGUCCGCGGGCCCGGACGGAAGGCUGAGGCGACGCUUCGACGACAGCCCACCGGAGCUGCAGGGGCAACACAUUCAGGGCGGGGUGCCCCAUUUAGGCCUGGCUGACCGGAAUAAGAAACUACAACCCCCGAAGUGCAUUGCGCCUCAGGGUUACGGAGGCAGUGACAUGCUGUUAUUCAAAGUGUUCAGCCUCACCGGCCUCUGGAUACACUCCCGGACACUGCCAGCACCCACCCUGGAGCCAUGGUCCACGCCUUCCUCAUUCACACAUUGAGGGCCCCGAAUACUGAGGACAUGGGCCUUUGCCGAGUGCUCUACUCCUGCGUCUUCGGUGCUGAGAAGUCACCUGAUGACCCACGGCCGCAUGGUGCCGAGAGGGACAGGCUUCUCCGGAAGGAACAGAUUUUAGCUGUGGCCAGGCAGGUGGAGUCAAUGUGCUGGCUGCAGCAGCAGGCAUCCGGCCGGCCCCCCAUGGACUUGCAGCCGCAGUCCUCAGAUGAGCAAGUGCCGCUACAUGAGGCCCCACGUGGGGCUUUCCGCCUGGCAGCAGAGAACCCUUUCCAGGAGCCACGGACAGUGGUGUGGCUGGGCGUGCUCUCAUUAGGCUUUGCCCUGGUGCUGGACGCCCACGAGAACCUGCUACUGGCUGAGGGCACGCUCCGGCUGCUGGCACGCCUCCUCCUUGACCACCUCCGGCUGCUGGCGCCUGGAACCAACCUCCUGCUGCGGGCUGACCGCAUUGAGGGCAUCCUCACCCGCUUCCUGCCACAUGGUCAGCUGCUUUUCCUCAACGACCAGUUUGUCCAAGGCCUGGAGAAGGAAUUCAGUGCUGCUUGGCCCCGCUGAUUCCUCGUUGGGAUGGUGCUUCCGAGGGCAGGCAGAGGGUAGACACACAGCCAGAUGAAGCUUGUCAUCUUCCUCCUGCCCAGCCUGCUCCCAGCUCUGAUGUGCUGCUAUACCAGGACAAGUGGGCGACACAAGCCUGCAGAAAGGGGCUGGGCAGAGGGUGGAGGAGGUCCUGCCUAUCCUCAGGUUAGUGGAACCACAGAACUUCCUGAGCCUAGAGCUGCUGUGUAGCUUAGACCACUGCAGUGCGGCAGCCACUCUUGUCCUUGGCCCCACCUUCCUCCAUCCCUGCCAGCUAGUGCUAGGGUGAGGAGCUGCCUGGAGGUCAGCCCACUCUUCUCCUUCCAAACCCACAGUCAAGGCCGGGCGCCGUGGCUCACACCGGUAAUCCCAGCACUUUGGGAGGCCAAGGUGAUUGGAUCACCUCAGGUCAGGAGUUCGAGACUAGCCUGGCCAACAUAGUGAAACCCUGUCUCUACUAAAAAUACAAAAAUUAGCUGGGUAUAUGGUGCCCGCUUGUAAUCCCAGCUGCUCAGGAGGCUGAGGCACGGGAAUCACUUGAACCUGGGAGUCAGAGUUUGCAGUGAGCCGAGAGUGCGCCACUUCACUCCAGCCUGGGCAACAGAGUGAGACUCCAUCUCAAAAAAAAAAAAAAAAAAAUCCCAGUCAUCGAAACACAAAAGGGGUCUCAGACUCCCUGCGGGUGGAGGAGCUGUGCCUGCAUUGCUGGCAGGCCCCAGCCCCUGGCUUUGUGCCCACUUAGGCAGUAUUAUCAACAAGGUCCUGCUCAGUGUCCAGCCCCCACAGAGUUCAGAAAUGCAUCUGCCAAUCAGCAGGAUUCUGCAGCUCCUUUUGUGCCAAGCCCAUGCCCACCAGGCAGGCUCAAGAUAAAAUCAUCACAGCCUUCCCUCAUCUGCAGGGAGAGAAGGUGCUGUCAGGUGAAUGCGAGCAGUCUAGCCUGGAUGAAGUAUUUUUCAUUUUGAAUUAAAAGCACUGGCUGUGUGAUUUUA